AUGCAGCCCGUCCCGGAAGGUUAUCCCAUAGAACGACUGUCUGGACCUGUGAUCAUCGCGCUCCUUCUGCACUGGGGACUCUUCGGGACUCUUUCCAUGCAGCUUUAUCUGUACUAUUUAGCCUUUCCAAAUGACAGACAAUUCACAAAAUACCUUGUCUAUGGCAUCUAUAUUAUCGAAUUCAUUCAAAUGGUGCUCGUCACCCACGACGCCUUUGCAAUGUUCGGUUAUGGAUUCGGUGACAUCCAGGCCCUCACCGAUAUGCAUUUUGAUUGGCUCGCGGUCCCCAUCAUAAGCGCCGUUGCUGCUUGUGUCGGGCAGGUUUUCUACGCGUACCGAAUCUUCAUAUUAUCAAAAUCGCGAAUGGUCCCUAUAUUUGUCACCUGUGUAUCCUUGACUAGCUCCGUGGCGGCUAUUAUUACAGGCGUCUACUCUUUCGAAGCAGGUAACAUUAUUAAACUCAAUAACCGAAAGACAUCCAUUGCCUUGCAUAGAUUUGGUGCGGUGCUUCCGCUUUAUCAUUUAUGUGAUAUUGUCAUUGCUAUUUGCAUGACUUAUCACCUUAUGCGUGGCAAUACCGGUUUACGUCAGACCCAAAUUUUGGUGACCAAGCUGAUUCGUCUCGAUAUUGAAACGGGAUCUGUGACAGCUGUGGUUCCUCUACUCAACCUUAUCCUCUUUUUUGCUUUCCCUCAUCAAACGUUCUACGGGACGCCGGCCCUCAUCAUGCCCAAGCUGUAUGCUAACACUGUCUACAUGGUGCUAAAUUCACGAAUUCGAAUUCUGGGUGGACGAGAUACCUAUACAUCUUCUACCGAUAUGAGCAUCAUGACCACUAUGAUAAGGGAUCGUCCAACACAGAGCACAUGGCGAACGGAUGGGGUACAAGGACGGGCGUCAGUAGUCCCGAUAUUCGACGAUGACCGUGAAAUGGGCCGAAUGAAUGACAAACCACAGCACGAGAGCAUGAGCCUCCCCGCGUAA